CUCGUUCCCUCCCUUCCCGUCCCCUCUGCCGGCGCCCGGCCCGGCAGGGGCUGCGGGCGGGGGCCGCCCCGUUCCCGUGGCAACGCCCGUUCCCGGGCGGCGGCCAUGGGCGGCUGGGCCGCGGCGCCAUGGCGGCUUGGUGGCUGCAGCGGGCGCGGCGGCCUCCGCGGCGCUGCGCGGCGGUGGGGCAGCUCCCGCCCCGGCGCUGGGGACCGGGCGGCGACCCUGAGCGACCUCCUCCAGAGCUCGGUGGAGGCCGAGGUGCCGGACGCGGCGGCGGCGAGGCGGGAGCGGCGGUGCCCCCGGGAGGGCACGGUGCUGCUCUUCCCCGGGCAGGGCAGCCAGUUCGUGGGGAUGUGCCGCGGGCUGCAGCAGUAUCCCGGCGUGCGGGACAUGUACCGCCUGGCCGAGAAGGUGCUGGGCUACGACCUGCUCUCCCUCUGCCUGGAGGGGCCGCGGGACGCGCUGGACCGCACCCAGCACUGCCAGCCCGCCGUGUUCGUCGCCUCCCUGGCCGCCGUGGAGAAGCUCAACCACCUGCAGCCUGAAGUCGUGGAGCGCUGCGUGGCGGCCGCCGGCUACAGCGUGGGGGAGUUCGCGGCGCUGGUCUUCGCUGGAGCCCUGGGCUUUGCCGAAGCGCUGUACGCGGUGAAGGUGCGCGCCGAAGCCAUGCAAAAGGCGUCGGAAGCUGUCCCCAGUGGAAUGCUCUCGGUUGUCGGCCGGCGAGAGGCAAAUUACAAAUUUGCCUGCUUGGAAGCCCGUAAACACUGUGAAUCGCUGGGUAUAGAGAACCCCGUGUGCACAGUUUCAAACUAUUUGUUUCCAGACAGCAGAGUCAUUGCAGGACACUUACAGGCUUUGGAGUUUUUGCAGGAGAAUGCCCGAAAAUACUAUUUUAAACGUGCAAAAAUGCUUCCAGUCAGUGGGGCUUUUCAUACCAGCCUUAUGGAACCGGCAGUAGAACCCCUGGCUGAAGUCCUAAAAUCGAUUGAAAUUCAGAAACCGCUGCUCUGUGUUUAUUCCAAUGUCGAUGGCAAAAAGUACAUGCACUCAAAGCACAUUCAGAAGCUGUUAGUGAAGCAGGUGGUGUCACCUGUUCUGUGGGAGCAGACCAUGCACUCAGUGUACGAAAGAAAGCAAGGAACAGAAUUUCCUUACACCUAUGAAGUGGGGCCCGGGAAUCAACUAGGAGCCAUUCUCAAACAAUGUAAUUUAAAGGCCUGGAAACAAUAUAAACAUGUAGAUGCUCUGGAAGAUGCGGAAGCAGCGGAUACUUAAAUAACCUUUUGAGAAAAAUCCACACAACUCGAUUUUUUUUCUGAUUUAAAACUUUGUGCUCCCAAAAGAGGAAGUCUUAAAAAUUCAUGGCUUCUCGUGUUGUAAAGAGCACUAUGUGCAUAAUUGCAAUGAACAUUUUCCUUUGAGUUGGUCGGGUGUGGAAAGGGGAGAGCAAAGUCUGGCUCUUCAAUCUGUGUCAGGACUGCAAAGCUGUCAAGGGCCAAGAAGCAUUGUUUGGCCUGAAUCCUGCACGCAACUUUGCCUUUCGGGUUUGGUUUUUUCGUUGUUGUUGUGUUUUGGGGGAGUUUUUUGGGUGUGGAUUCAGGUUCCAGUUGGUAGCCUUGGCUGCCUGGUGCAGGGAUCUCCUGCAGGAAUGCAGGGGUUGUUGGCUCCAAGUUGCAGAGGGCUCUGCUGUGGGCUGGAGGGUGCAUUUAGAGGAGCCAUUUCUUGGGACAGCUUUCAGUGUGUUGAUGUUCUGUUUUCUCAUUCAACUGACUUGUGGGAUGUUCAUCUAUGUAAAGUUCUCUUACUUUGUGUCCAGGUUGCCAGGUGGCAGCUGAGUGAGGCAAAUGAUGUUACUAGAAAAAUUAUUUUCUUAAGGUUAAACGAUAAAUAAACUAUGAAGCUUUUCUUGCUA